GCACUCCACUGGCCACAUCAUUCGAGUGCGACACUUCGAGAGGUGAACCAAAAACCACAACCACAACAAAGUAUCUGAAACCAGCAACCGAACUCAGCAAAAGGACUCAACAGGAUGAAGCUGCUCAUUGUCAUCUCCGCUCUGGUGGCCUGCGUCUCCGCCGGCGUUGUACGAUCCUCCUCCGGCUGGGGAUCCUCGAAUCCUUGGGGCGGCAGCAGCAGCAGUGGCUGGAACAGCGGAUGGUCCUCCUCCCAGCCGCAGGUCAUCAAGGUCAUCAAGAUAGGAGGCGGCGGCGGCGGCGGCUGGGGCAACUCUGGAGGAUGGGGCGGCAGCUCGGGAGGAUGGGGCGGCAGCUCUGGAGGAUGGGGAGGCAACACUGGAGUCUGGGGCGGUGGCUCUAAGGUCUGGGGUGGCAACUCCGGCGGAUGGGGCGGCAGCUCUGGCGGCUGGGGUGGAAACUCUGGCUGGAGCAGCGGCAACUCUGGCUGGAACAACAACGGCUGGUCCAGUUCCGGCUCGAACAGUGGCUGGUGGUGAAAGAAAAGAAAAGGACUAUGGAAAGGACACAUCUCCCUCUCCCUCACCCUUACCCACCUCCGCCCCCUCUGGUUCACAACACAACACCCCCCUUGAAUCUGUAACAUAAAUACUUAAGAAUACUAUUUUUUUUUAAUCGAAAUUAAAUGCACAAAUCAGAGAACUCUGCCUCCA